AUGCUUGAGGAACUCUCGAGAAGGAUAAAGGAGGAAGGUUAUGUCCCAGACACAAUCUCCUUGCCACUUAACCUUGAAGAUAGAAAAGAGGAGAGGCUUCUGCGCUAUCACAGUGAGAGGAUUGCCGUUGCUUUUGCUUUGAUAAGCAUGCCAGCUACAAAACCAAUCAUCGUGAAGAAGAAUUUGCAGAUCUGUGUAGACUGCCAUUCUGCAUUGAAGUUCAUUUCUAAGGUAGAAAGCAGGGAUAUUAUCAUUAGAGAUAAUUCUAAGGUUCCACCAUUUUGUGAAAGUGAGGUGUUCCUGUGGAAAUUACUGGUGACUAACUCUUAUCCAUCACUUAUUUCUUGA